UCUCCUGCUGCUGCCGGAGGGAAGGAUCUCCAAGAGUUUCCUCGUCAAAGGUAGCAGAAAGCGACGCGCAGGGCAAGAGACGGGGCUCUCGGAGCGAGUUUCCUGCUGCCCACCGGCCAGGCCUCUCUCUUUCCCGGCGAGUUGGCCCGGGGAUCGGGCCCACCUGCUUCUCUGCCUUGGCACAGUCUCCAGAUCUUCUGAGUUUUUCUCUGGCCGAGGCUUUGGCUGGGCUGGUUCUGGUGGAGAAUGAGCGCAAUGGGGACUAAGUUCUUCUUUUCCACAAAUCACAUGCGUGCCCUCAUUUUCUUAAAUCCUGAGUACCCGAAUCUGCAAUCCGCCAGGUACCUCCUUCUGGACGUCUUGCAGGAGUUGAAGGAGGGGGAAGGGGAGUGGGAGAAAUUCAAGCGCGAACUGCUCAGAUUCCCGGCCAAGGGAAGAAGAAUCUCCGAGGAGUUGCUCAAGGAAGCCAUGCCUUUGCAGCUCGUAGACCUGCUGUUCAGCUACUACGGUGAGGCUUAUGCUGUGGAGGUGACGGCCCUGGUGCUGCAGGCAAUGGACUACAAGCCGCUGGUGGACGAUCCCUCGGUUAUCACCUGGCUAAUGCAGUUUACACAAUUAUGCCUGCUGGCCACACUGAAUACAUUGAAGGAGUCAGAUCUGAAGAAGUUCAAGGUCAAACUCAGCAAGUUCCCCGUCAAGGAAGGCUAUGUCAGUAUCCCCAGGGAGCUGCUGGUUGAAGCAAAUGCUUGGGAGCUCACAGAACUGCUUCUUGCAUACUGUGAUGAGGAUUAUGCUGUGGAAGUGGCCUCAGAGGCGCUGAAAGCCUUUGACUGUGAGCCGGUGCCAGAAUGUAGCUCUUGUUUCACCAGGAAAGCAGCAGAGCGACUUUGCAAAAUGCAUGUUUCAAGGCACCGGUCAGCUGAAUUCUUGUCGUCAAAAAUUAAUCAAGCUCUGGAGGAACUGGUUCCAUCAGAAAAAGCCACCAAAGGGUCAUUGGAAAGAUCCACAAUCUCUAGUAAUGAGAUGAUCUGCAAGGGAAGAAAACAAUUAAUGGAAAUUCUUGAAGCGGAUAUUGAACAUUUUGUAGAUGUGCUAUACUAUUUCUAUGUCAUCACUCUGAAAGAAUACAGAGACAUUUGCGAAAUGUUGAAAAUUUUAAAAAGUGAAAAAUUGCUGAGUAUAAUCCAGGAAAGGGGGGAGCAAUCUUGUUGCAGGUUCCUGGAAUGUGUAGAAAUGGCCCAUCCAGGUACCGUUCUGAUUCUGCUAUCUGCAAUGCAUGAUUUGGAUCAAACUCCACUCAAGGCAGCUGGCCCAAUAGAGCCAGAGGUGGUUUCGGACUCAGAAAGGGGCAACGAAGCAUACAGAGUGUGCACCACUGAGGCUGGCUCCUUCCAUUGCGGUAAUACGGAUCUCAUAUGUGACGCGAAAGAAGCUGUGACCGUAACAUACCACUUUGAUUCAUGGCCUAAGCACCUGGAAGAACAGACCACUGAGGAGUUGCAUGUCGCUGGCCCUCUGCUCAACAUUAAAGUAGAUGCAGUAGAAGCUGUGGCUGCCAUUCACGUCCCUCACUUCUUGUGUCUUGAAGGUGACGACAGUUCCCAUGUCUACAUUGCACAUUUUGUGGAAGGGGAGAUGAGGCUGGAGAAGCCAGACAGAGUGGAGCCUCACCAUGCUGUGUUGGAAAACCCCAAGUUCUCUUCCCUAGGAGUCGUUUUCAAAAAGUGGUUUAAGCAAAAGAUCAACACUGUCGUACUGCUCUAUCAGAGACUUCGACUGGAAACACCAACAUUUCACCUGUACGUCCUGCCAAAUGACUCUUCUAUAGUAAAGGCGGUCGAAAAGCGUGAAGUAAAUUCAAAGAGAAUAGAGAAACCCCCUGUGACCCUGAAACCGCUGAUGAUUGGUUCUCAGGUAUCUUUGAAGGCCUCAGAGAAUGUCACAGUUUAUCCUAAGGAACUGAAGUUUCAAUACCUGGAUGCAGAGAAACUGCAGCAGUAUGUAGAACUGUCUGCUGAGCAAAUGCAAGACAAGUUCAACUUCUACCUGAUGAAGAAGGGCACGACUGAAAUUGUUUGGGAGGCACAUUUGAAAAAAAAAGAGUUAAUUUCAGGGGAGUUGGAUUCUCCUAUUCUACACCCAGCACAAGGGGCUUGUGGCUACAUACCAACCAAUGCAUCAUUCAGCAGAACUAACCCUGGACAUAAUGUGGAAGGCAGAGGGAUGGAGAAGACCAUCACAGACAGCCUGGUGUCCACCCUGGAGAACUUGCGAGAGAACGAACUCAAGAAGUUCAAGCUCAAGCUUCAUGAGUUUCCUGUUGAGGAGGGCUGUGACAACAUCCCCCGAGGGACAUUGGAGAAGGCAGAUGUGGUGGACCUGAGCCUGCUUCUGCUGAAGUUCUAUACAGGGGAUUAUGCCGUGCAGGUGACAGCUGAUGUGCUCAGAACCAUCAACUGCAGGGAUGAGGCAGAGAGGCUCCUCAGGCAUUGCAGGAAGGGAGUUCCUGCCCAGAGGAGCCAAAGGAAGUGACCACACACAGAGAGUCCUCUCUAGGAAGUUCAAGAACUCUCUGUAUACUAGCCCUGUACUGUCUAGCAGAACAUGUGUUCUUAUGGCUGCAACCCCCACACGAAUUAGUGCUCUUCAGCUGUCAAUUUUUUAAAAAUUGAAUGUGUAUACCACUUAGCUGUAAAACAAUCCCUUCACAGUUUCUUAAGAAUACCAAAUAAACAUUAAAAUUUCUGAUAAAAGUCAGAAAUUAAAAAUGAUUAAAAAAAAUCAAAAUAUGAAUAAUAUCAGUGGUUAAAAAUAUAACUUUAUAAAAGUAAAGUGCAUAUUAAAACACUGGUCAGCUUUAGCUCUCUGAGCAGGCCUGUCUCAACAAAGAAGUUGUUUCACGUUCUGAGGAUAUUUCUCCAGAGGCCAGAGAGAUCCUGGUAGUGGGGGCUUCAAUGACUGGCAACAUGGACAGCUGGGUGUGAGCUGGGCACACAGACUGCUGGGAGAAUUGCUUUCCUGGCUUCCUCACAUUCAGCGUGUGCUCAGCAGAGGCUGACUCCUUACUUUGCAGCGAUACUGAUCUCCUAUGUGAGAUGAGAGGAUCUGUGAUCAUAGCAUGCCACUUUGAUUCAUGGCCUAAGCAUCUGCACGAAUGGAAGACAAUUCCUUGUUGCUGGUCCAAGCA